GGGCGUGGCACUUAAACAAGAAAAAGCAAACAUUUUUGAUUGAGUGGCAGUGAUUACCAUCCAUUGUUCUAUUCUAAAACACACUUCUUUUCCUCCUACGAUUGAUCAUCAUCAUCUUCAUCGUCAUUCUGUUUUCUUUCUUUAAAACAUCCUCCUUCCUCAUUUAGAUAGACAGAGAGAAAGAAAGAAAGAGAGAGCCUUUCAGCUCUCUCCUUCCUUCCUACCUCCCUCCUUCUUCUUCUUCUUCUUUGACAAUUCAUCAUAUCAAUUACAGAUUGUUUGUUCCCAUUUUCAUGUCAUCUUAAUUCACCUUCAUCAUCUCUUCUAAUCCAAUAAUGGGUUGCGUCAAUUCUAAACAGCAUAGAAAGGUAUGCCAAAAAUGCAAAUCCCCUAUCCAGCCUUCUUCCAGAACCAUCUCCAUCCACCCGCCAAACCCAGAUUCAACCAAUCUUAACAAAGACGAACACAGGAAGAUAAAUGAUGUAAUUAUGGAUUUCCCCAUUGAGGUUAUUGAAGCCAAGAAUUGGUCAGAGAUGAUCGAAAAGAAAAUACCAAAAAUCCUUCCAAAAACGCCCAUGCAUCUUACCCCGCCCGGUGAGCCUGAGACGAUCAAUACCUGGGAAUUAAUGGAGGGUUUGGAAGAUAACCUCCAUAGCUUCUCCUUCCACGUCGCCCCUAGUCCUUUGGAAGAAGAAAAAACACAAUCCUCGGCUGAAAUAUCCUUAAAUUCAUCGAAUUCUUCGACAUCUGUAACAAACUCAGAACUUGACAAAACAGAGAUUUCAUCGUUUAGGAAAGAACUCGAGGAGCUGAACCCAGAAAACCCAUUUCACCUAAACCCAAUAUUAGAUUAUACAGAAGAAUCGAAAAAAGCAACAAGGGUUGUCCUGUAUUUCACGAGCUUGAGAGGAAUUAGAAAGACGUACAAGGAAUGCAGUAAUGUGAGGGUAACCUUAAGAGAUUUAGGGUUCCGAGUAGAUGAAAGAGACGUAUGGAUGCAUUCCGGUUUCAAGGACGAGCUAAAGGAGCUUUUAAAAGGGGAAGAAAAAGAAGGAGGGUCGAUUAGAUUGCCAAGAGUGUUUGUGGGUAACAAGUAUAUAGGAGGAGCAGAGGAAAUCAGGCAUUUGCAUGAAGAAGGAGAACUGGAGAAGGUAUUGGAAGGGUGCGAGAGAUCAAACUCCGGCUGCCGGCGGCGAGGGGUUUGUGAAGGUUGUGGGGAUGUAGGUUUCUUACCUUGUGAAACAUGCAAUGGAAGCUGUAAGAUUUACUAUGAACAUGAUGAAGAUUACUAUUAUCAUGAAGAAGAAGAUGAAGAAUGUGAUGAGAGUGAAUAUGGGUUUCAGAGAUGCCCUGAUUGUAAUGAGAAUGGUUUAAUUCGUUGUUCAAUUUGUUGUUGUGAUUAUUGAAUAAUUAAUUUAAAGAAGGAGGAGGAUCAUCAA